AUGGAGGGUGGGAACCGCCAAGUUACCUUUGACGCGGCCAAGGAGAUGCAGUCCCCCCGUUUCCGCGCCAUCCUACGGGCGACGAGCGGCCGCAAGAAGCGAGGCCCCACCGACGUCAAGAGCUUCUCCCAUGAAUUGAAUUCUAAAACACCCCACCAUCUUCCAAUCCGAAAGCUUCGCGGACUCAGCAGCCCCGAAGAUAUAAUGGCCUUCAUUCGAACAAAGUUUAAUCGCUUGAAGGAUGAAAUUAAUGCUGAGCUUGGUGUAUAUGCCGGUGAUCUGGUGGGCAUGUUUGAAAAAGCUGCCGAUGAGCAUCCUGAAUGGAGGAUGCCCUUGGAGGACCUCUUGGUCGUAACGCAGAAGUGUGCGGAGAUGCCUCCAGAUGAGUUCUGGCUCAAAUGUGAGGGAAUUGUUCAGAAUCUGGACGACCGUCGCCAGGAGUUGCCCAUGGGCACGUUGAAGCAAGCUCAUACCAGGAUUCUUUUUAUCCUCACAAGGUGCACUCGUUGGCUUCAGUUCCAGAAGGAGGGCAUUUAUGGGGAGGAGGACCAUAUUCUUGGUCUUCACCAGCUUAGCGACUUGGGGGUCUAUCCAGAGCAGACUGGUUCGGGGGAGGCAGGGCAGGACCCCAGGAGCGCAACGAGUUCUAUAAAAGAUAGGCUCAUAAGGAAGAAAAUCCUAGAGUAUCGGUAUCUGAGUCAAGAUUUUGCUGGCCGCCCAUUAAGAUACUCAGCGGAGACAGAUUCACCAGCAAAAAUGUCUUCAUGGAAGAAGCUUCCAUCAGCUGCUGAGAAGAAUCUGAAGAAAUUCCAUGAUGCAAAAGAUGAAUCCCCCAUGAAGAAGGUAUCAGAUUCUUUGCCACAGGCAGAUAAAACUAAAGUGGGUUUGGAUGAGACUGCUGAAAUCCUCGAUGUCUCUGAGCAUUGCUCUGAGAUCUUAGACAGUUUGAUGCAGCCAUCCUCGAAGGACCAAGAUGUCGCGAGUGAUUACUCUGAAGGUAAACAGAUCCUAGAUGAUGGGAGGCCGAAAAUGAUAUGUAGGAUUUGUGAUUUUGAGAUACCAACCAUACAUGCAGAGGGUCAUUUUAGAGUAUGCACUAUUGCCGAUAGAUGUGAUUCAAAGGGUUUAACCAUAGAUGAGCGGCUGGAGAAAGUUGCUGAAGUCCUUGAAAGGAUUCUGGCCUCCUGUACAUCAAGGAGUUCUGAUACGGUGGCUGUGAACCAAGAGGUUGCAAAAAUCAGUGCCUCAUGUAUUACUGAAGAGUCCGAUGACAUGUCUUUAUGUCAGAAUAACUCAUCCUCUCCAUCUGCUGGCACUAGGGAGUGUUCUCUAGAAGUGGCUAGUGCUCUAACCAUGAACAACCUAAAUGAAUUACCGACAAUGCUGAAUGGUUCACAUUGUGCAUCAUCUUCAGGAAGCAUGUCUCCACAAUCACCCUUGACGCCAAGGACUAGACAGAUUGAGUUGCUAAUGAGUGGACCGAAGGCACUUUCAAAGAUUGAAAGCCUUCAACAGAUAGAGAGUCUAUUGCAUAUUGUUCGUGACAUUGCAAGUAUAAAAACUUACAACUAUAGCUCGUUGGAAUAUUUGAGCUCCUAUCUGGAAGACCUAAAUGCUGUUAUUGACACUAGAAAGGUUGAUGCACUUGUCGUUGAGACAUUUGGAAGACGGAUAGCUAAACUACUGCAGGAGAAGUUCAUACAUCUAUGUGGGCACAUAGAUGAUGCUAAUAAAGAUUCUUCAUGUAUUAUGGUUGGUAAAGAUGGUUCAGCAGAAAACAGAAUGGGUUGUAGCUCACGAACAAGCCCUUUGAAUGCACGGUUUAAAGAUCGAACAUCUAUUGAGGAUUUUGAAAUAAUAAAACCAAUAAGUCGAGGGGCAUUUGGACGAGUUUUUCUUGCAAAGAAAAGAGUAACAGGCGACCUUUUUGCGAUAAAGGAUGGUCAUUGGAAUUGUUUGUCAUCCAUCAGAUUUGAUGAAAUUGUGAAGUGCCAAAUUGAUGUAGACCAAGAACGUGUGAAUGACAGAAAAAUUCAUAACAAUUUCAAAGAUUUUUUUGUCCAAUCCAUUACAGAGGAAAAUCUGUAUCUGGUCAUGGAGUACUUGAAUGGUGGAGAUCUUUACUCUUUAUUGAGAAAUUUGGGUUGCUUAAAUGAAGAAAUGGCACGGACUUACAUAGCUGAAGUGGUACUUGCAUUGGAGUGUUUGCACUCUAUGAAUAUAAUUCAUCGAGAUUUGAAACCAGAUAACUUGUUGAUUGGACGGGAUGGUCAUAUCAAGUUGACUGAUUUUGGGCUCUCAAAGGUUGGUCUUAUCAACAGCACUGAUGAUUUAUCAGGUCCAGAUCUCAGCGGUGCUGUUCUAUCAGGUGAUCAUGAACCACUGGCUGCAACAAAACGAGCACAGAAACGGGAGCAGAGGAGAAAGCAAUCUGCUGUCGGCACUCCUGAUUAUUUGGCACCUGAGAUAUUAUUGGGGAUGCCACAUGGCCCAACUGCAGAUUGGUGGUCUGUGGGUAUUAUUCUUUUUGAACUGCUUGUAGGUAUUCCCCCAUUUAAUGCUGAACAUCCACAGAAAGUUUUUGAUAAUAUCAUGAAUCGAGAUAUACCUUGGCCACAGAUACCAGAAGAGAUGAGCUGUGAAGCUCAUGACUUGAUUGACAAAUUGCUAAUUGAAAACCCAGUCCAAAGACUUGGAGCAACUGGAGCUGGGGAGGUGAAGUCGCAUCCUUUCUUUAGAAACACAAACUGGGAUAUGAUCACCAGACAGAAGGCAGCAUUCAUUCCUUCAACUGAAGGUGAAGAUGACACAAGUUAUUUUGCAUGCCGUCAUCCAUGGAACACAGCAGAUGAUGAUCUCUGUGCAGCAUCUCAUGAUUAUGAUGAUAUGACUGAUACAUGCAGUAUGAGCUGCAGCAGCAGCCCUCACAGUUGGGACCUGGAUGAAGACGGAGAUGAAUUUGGCAGUAUGGCAGACUUUGGAGCCCGAACACUCUCUGUAAAGUACUCAUUCAGUAACUUCUCAUUUAAGAACUUAUCACAACUGGCUUCCAUGAAUUAUGAUCUGAUUACAAAGUGUAGCAUGGAUUCAGCAGAUGCUUCCAAACCCUAGCGCCCACAUUGGAAUGAUAUUGUGCUUUCAAUGGCCACUAUUUCAGUCUCAAGGAAUGGUUAUCUCAUGAGAUUGAAUAAAUGAACUCGGUAUCAUGCUUCUUUGCAUAUCGUUGGAUGAUCAAGGGCAUGCUGAUUUGGUCCUACUUAAUUUUGACACAUGGUCAACUUACACACAAGAAAGAAAAGUUAAAUUGUACAGGAGAAAUACUGUUUUUUCCAACUUGAUUAUUUAAUUCUUUAUUUAAUGGUGUAUUUAAU